GGUGCCGACCAUGGGCUGGCGGCUGCUGCCCGCCCUCCUCCUCCUGGCCCUGGCGCUGGGCGGCCCCGCGGCGAGGGCGCAGAACGACACGGAGCCCAUCGUCCUGGAGGGCAAGUGCCUGGUGGUCUGCGACUCCAACCCGGCCACCGACGCCAAGGGCUCGUCCUCCUCCUCCCCGCUCGGCAUCUCCGUGCGGGCGGCCAACUCCAAGGUCGCCUUCUCGGCCGUGAGGAGCACCAACCACGAGCCCUCCGAGAUGAGCAACAAGACGCGCAUCAUCUACUUCGACCAGAUCCUAGUAAAUGUGGGCAAUUUUUUCACAUUGGAAUCUGUCUUUGUAGCACCAAGAAAAGGAAUUUACAGUUUCAGUUUUCACGUAAUUAAAGUCUAUCAGAGCCAAACAAUACAGGUUAAUUUGAUGCUAAACGGAAAGCCAGUCAUUUCUGCUUUUGCUGGGGACAAGGAUGUCACACGUGAAGCUGCCACUAAUGGAGUCCUGCUCUAUCUAGACAAGGAGGAUAAGGUUUACCUGAAAUUGGAGAAAGGUAAUCUGGUCGGUGGAUGGCAGUAUUCUACAUUUUCUGGCUUUCUGGUCUUUCCCCUGUAAAGUCAGUUUUCCUGUGACAUUCAUCCAGGUGUGGACUCAUCAUUGCCCCUGUUACAUGAAGAUCAUUUUAUCAUCAUGGGAUUGAUGUUUCUUUAUUGUUUUUUCAUGGGUGAAUAUGGAUUCUCUUUAUGGAUUUUGGCCCCAUCUGAACUACUCAGAAGUUUCACAGAAUUUCGUGUGUUUAAAUACAAUAUAUUUGGAUUGAAACUAAAGCAGACGAUAAAUAUCUAUGCUUAAUGUUACAGUCUAAAGCUGCCUGCAAGAUUUAUUCAGAUUUCAUUUACUGGACUUAUUGGAUUCAUGAGAGAAGUGGAUUUUCUUUAAUUACGAAAAGACUGGCAACCAGGUCUAUAAUUUAGGAGAGUUUGAGUUCAGACUUCAAUCAAGAGUUAGUGUGUUGCUGCCAAAGAACUGUAUAUUGAUAUAUUGGUCAUACAUGUUUUUGUCACUGGGACUUAACUGACAUGAUUUAUUCCAUUGUCUUGAGAAAGGUAAUUAUUAUUGAUAUGUGAUUGACUUUAAUUCUCCUCUGCGUGUAGUCUGUUGGAAGGCUCACCCAUAUAUCUACGCUCUGUCACUGGUCACAAUCAUGUCUAGCUCACAUAAAGCUAAGGGGUUAUGAUUGUAUUUUAGUUGUGUAUGUAAGGUAUUCCUCUUUUCCACGUGGUGUUUUCUAAAAAGAAGAGCAGAUUAUUAUAACCAUUAAGAAAAUACUCUUACCAGGGUUAAAGGUGAUCAUUCAGGCACAACUUUGCAAAAUAGCUUUGCCCUUCAGGAAAUCUCACACUUAUUAAUCUCACAAUUUUAAUUAAUGUGAUUGAUAAUAACCGCUUUAUUAAAAAUCUAAGGGAUUCCUUCCUUAGACACAGCCACUUUAUUAGCUGGAGAUGAGAUUCCCCUCUUUGUAAUUAUGUCUAUUUUUCAAACCUUCUGUUGUGUUAAAGGUAUCAUCUAGUUUUGCCUUAACUCCACAACUGUAUAUAAUUUUAGAUCAUAUGUUUAACAAAUAUUAAAUCCAAAUAGCCUGUACCUAACUUGGUGCAAUAUCUUUUUGGCUUUUUGUACAGGUCAUAUGAACUCAUAAACUUAUUUAUUAUGUCAUUGUUACAUAAUAAAGAUUAAUAUAUGUUAGCUGAAUUUUUGACCUUUGGAUUUUGGAAGUCACUUCAUGCUAUUUUUUUAUUGGAUAUAAUAAUUAUAUGCAAAGUGUAAGCUUUUAGGAUUCACAGAAACUGUCCUUGGAGGCAGGCAAACUGUCACAGUUUAGUCUGGCAGAAUCCUACAGGUGAUCAGAAUGGUCUAGAAGUAACCUAUGCAUUUUAUUUGAAAGUAUUUAGGUAGAAAUCCUGGCUUCACAGAAGUUAGUGUUAGGAAUCACAUUGAUUCCAAAGGAUUUUGGAUGAGACCUGUGCUUUAGGUUUUGCCAUCAGCAUUAAACUCCAGUGCAAUGAAAUCAAAUAUCAACUGAAAAUGAUUUUCACAUGAACUGCUAAUGAAACGUCCCUUCCUCAUGUCCAAAAGUACACACUGAAUUCGAUGGACAUUUGUGCCUUGCAUAUCAUGAAGGAUAUGGUUCUAAUUUAAAACAUACUAUGUAGUCGAGAAAGAUUCUGGAUGCAAGGAUAUCCAGAAAUCUAGGACCUUUUCUAAAAUCCAAGCUUUGGCUUGAACUGCUGUUUUAGUUGUUUCCAACUUCUUCGCAUGUUAGCUAAGUGCAGUAUAUCAUAUUGCUCUAACUGUUGUAAAUGGUUAUUUCACUGAUAUAAAGUCUAAUCGUGGCUGAUGGUUGAUAUCAGAUCCUGAUAAAAUUUUAGAGAAUCACUGGCACAGAAUAGUGCCCAAAUUCCCUAUUUUUAUGGAUCCAACAUACAGGGUGGUUUUUAUUUUUAUUUAUCUAUUUAUUUAUUUAAAUUUCAGGAAGAUAGGUGGGUAUGUUCACAAUCCUACAGGGUAAGUCAGAUAAGAAGAAGGUCAUCUGAUAGACAGUAUAGUUUCUGCACAUAACACUGAAGUUUGGGAGAACUUGGAAAGAUCUGCCAAGAAGGCAAAUGAUUUACUUCUUUGAAAAAUAUAAAAAAAUGUUUGUUUUGAUUAAUCAAAGUUUAUCACCACUACACCAAACAAAUGUGUAUAUAUACGUAUAUAUAUAUCUUAAAAAAACUGGGAUUGCAGCACAUAAUAUGCAUGAUACUAUGAAAAAUAUAUUUGCCAUAAGAAUUGAUUCAGAGGGGAACAUCAGUAUUUUGUAUAAAAUUGGUAAAAUCUGAAAGCUAACUUUACCCAUUGGUAUAUAUGUAAUGUAAAGGAAAUAUUGUUCCUGCACAGAUGGAAGAAAAAUGAUAUUAAAGGUGUCAGUAUACAUUUUGGAAUGAUCAAAUGCAUCUAACUCCUUUAGUUUGUAAACAUCUGAUCGCUAAAAGCUGCCUUUAGCAUUCAGCAAUAAUACUCAACUAUCUUAAUAUACUGUUGAUUUCCCCUUGGCAAAACACUUCUGAUUGCUUGACUCAUUAGCAGUUAUUUACUUUAACAAGAGAGUCUAGGAAGUUAUUCAAUUAAAGAGAUAUAUUUUGAUGGAAAUGUCCUAAAUUUUUCUGCUCAGCCUCCAAAAUUGGAAUUCCUAGCUAAUUAUUUUGGUAGCGAAGGGAACAAAAAGUGUCAGGGAAGUCACUGAGAAGCAGCUCGUGUCACCUGUGCACGGCGCUGAGAGCUGAGGUGGCCUCUGGAGGUGGGCAAGUGCACACCAGUUGUCUCGGCUCACAUUUAAACAUUUCAGCAAGGAUAAACUCUGGCUUUUAGGUUACAGUUUGAGCUAUGUCCCAGACUCUGAGCUCAUUUUCACUGCAUUGUCCCACACUUCAGUUGCUUCACUAGGAGUUUUUCCCAGAAGAGGUGUUUAGCAUAGCUCACCAAGUCCAUGAGGAGCUGGGUUUGGCAAUCACCAUUUUUCCUUUUUUCCUCAUUCCCUUUCCCUUUGUCUUCCUGUGUUAAUGCUACAGCAGUCAGCUUUGUAGCUGAUACAGAAGGCUGAGCGUGCAAGAAAACAUUCUGGCCACGUGUGGUUAUCAGUGUUACAUUGUUAUCAGUGGUCUCUUUACAAAUGAAAUCAGUAUUUUUACUUUUUUUUGUCUGCAUUUUAGUUAUGCUUCAUCCAUGUUUUAUUAUAAAACUGAGGAAAUAAAAAGGACCACUUUGUCAUGCUUAGGUGAUGUUUUUUAGCAGAGCUAGGUAUCUGGGAGAGCCAGGAACACCCCAAUCUCCUAAAUUCAUCCUGUAUAGAAAACAGCUCUCGUCUUUGAAUCCUGCUUUUUAGGAUGAGUUGAGGAUGUAUGUGCCAAAAGGCUGUGGAGCCAAAACCGAUACUGUUUAAAAGAACCUGGGUAACGGAAGGCACUGAGGUAGCUUUGAAAAUUUCACAAGCACUUUUCUCUUUACAAAGAAAGGAAAAGCUAACUUUGAAGUAUGGAGAAGGA